CAUUCUGCAUCAGGUGGUUUAAGUAACUCUCUCUCCCUCUAGGCUACAUUAGCAGUUUUCCUGUCCUCCUUUGAGUCUUCAGCUCAGGAUCUGGCACAUCUUACAAGUUCGAUAGUGUUUGCCGAAUAACCUCAUGAAUGAGGUGGGACCUGAGCUGUGUUGUGAAAAAAGGGUGUCUGCGAAGACAUGGAGGCGGGGUCAGCGGAGGCGAGGACAGCGCGAGCUCCGCACAGCUGUCUGCGGCUGGAGGGUGCCCUGCAAGGCGGGGCAGGUUGCGGUCAAGUUCAAGUAGGGUCAGCGUAGAAGGACACUGGCAUAAAAAAUAGCCACAUCCAAGGGAGCGGCGAGAUGUGGGGACCUUCUUUUACGGUGGACUUUCCCACCCCCAGCCGGCCUUCCCAUCACGCGUGGGUGUUGGGGCACCGCCCCCGCGGCGCGCAGGAACGGCGGGGAGAGCCAGGAGCGGAGCGGCUUCGGGAUGCCAGACUGAGCACUGGGUUCGUCUGGGGCCACCUCCCAGGGAAACAGCUUCCUCCCGCGGAGACUCUGCUUCUUUUAAAAGCCUUCCUGGGUCUAUUCAAGGGCGACGGGACGACCUCCCCCGGGGAGGGAGAGCCUAGCAGCCCCCUCCCAUUCGCGGGCCGGUGCAGCACCUCCUCCCGCCCCGGACGCGCGCACGCUGGUGUCGCGGGCCCUGCGCCCCGCAGCCGCGCCCGAGGCCGAGCCUCCGGUUCCCGGAGCCCGCGGGCGCGCGCCUGGCGUGUCGGGAGCGAGCGGCGGCCGGGGGCGGAGCGCGGCGAGGGCUGCGCGGCGCGCCCGGGCUCACGCCCGCUCCUCGCCUGGCCCCCAGCGCUCGCCGGCUCCUGGCUUCAGUCCGCCGGUCCGCCCCGCGCAGGGGCCGAGUUGCGAACCACGCCUGCGACCCAGCGUCCGGGCGCGCCGGAGAGGACGCGAGGAGCCAUGAGGCGACAGCCUGCGACGGUGGCGGCGCUGCUGCUCGGACUGCUCUUGGAGUGCACAGAAGCCAAAAAGCAUUGCUGGUAUUUUGAAGGACUAUAUCCAACCUAUUAUAUAUGCCGCUCCUACGAGGACUGCUGUGGCUCCAGGUGCUGCGUGCGGGCCCUCUCCAUACAGAGGCUGUGGUACUUCUGGUUCCUCCUGAUGAUGGGCGUGCUCUUCUGCUGCGGAGCCGGCUUCUUCAUCCGGAGGCGCAUGUACCCCCCACCACUGAUCGAGGAGCCAGCCUUCAACGUGUCCUACACCAGGCAGCCCCCAAAUCCUGGCCCAGGAGCCCAGCAGCCGGGGCCACCCUAUUACACCGACCCAGGAGGACCAGGGAUGAACCCUGUCGGGAAUUCCAUGGCAAUGGCUUUCCAGGUCCCACCCAACUCACCCCAGGGAAGUGUGGCCUGCCCGCCCCCUCCUGCCUACUGCAACACGCCUCCGCCCCCGUACGAACAGGUAGUGAAGGCCAAGUAGCGGGGCGCCCUCGUGUGAGAGGAGAGACAGGAGAGGGCCUUUUCCUGGCCUUUCUGUCCCCAUGGAUGUUCACUUCCAGGAAUGGUCUUGUGGGCUGCCAAGGGCAGUUCCUCUGAUAUCCGUACAGCAAGCACAGCUCUCUUUCAGGCUUUCCAUGGAGGAUAAUCUGUCAACUCACACUGUGUCUCCUCUGUCGCUUCUGUUUCUGACGAAGUCUGUGCUCUCACAUGGCAGUGUGGUGACAGUCCCCGAGGGCUGAUGUCCUUACGGUGGUGUGACCAGAUCUUCGGGAGAGAGACUGAGAGGAAGGAGGCAGUGCUGGAGGUGCAGGUGGUGUGUGGAGGGGCCAGGCCGGGCCUCCCAGGCAAGCAGCCUUCUGCCGGGUAUUAACAGGAAGCCCCACGCUGGGUGGCUCAGCCAAUGAAGCAGCAGCCGGCUGAGCUGAGCCCAGUGACCUGCUCCAGCCUGUCCUCCCAUCAGCCGUCCUCUUCCAGAAGCUGUUGGAGAGACAUUCAGGAGAGAGCAAGCCCCUUGUCACGUUUCUGUCUCUGUUCACUUCCUAAAGACAGGCUUCUCCUGCACUGCCAGGGAAGAGCAGCGUGUGCCGCUCUCACUGCAGUAUGGCGCCUAGAAUCAGGCCUGCAUUGGAGGUCUGACGGUGAUCUGAAGUUCACUAAGGAAAGUUAUUUAAAUUCACGGGAAAUCACUUCCUGCCCCAAACUGAGACAUUGCAUUUUGUAAGCUCUGGGGUCUGACUUAGAGAAAGGACUGUUACCUGUUUUUUCAGUGUGUUUAUGGAAGUGCAUGUAGAGUGUCCUCUCUUUGAGAUAAGACUGGGCUUCCCCUCGACGUCACUGCCUCUCCAGGGUGUUUUCAGGCCCAGGGGUCCCCUUCCCUCCGGCACCUCCAGUGGUGGGUUCUGAAGGGUGGUUUGAAAGCAGGGGGCACAUCUGGCUGGGAAGUCACAUGGCCCUUCCUGGGAGAGAGACUGGCUGAGGUGUCAGCAGGGCACAGCCAGUUGUGCUGGCUGUAGUGCAUGAUGGUUGUGUUGGGUCUGAGCAGUUGUAUGCUGCACUCCAAGGAGGAGGAGCUUGCUGGGAAAAGUGAGGAGAAGUACUGACUCAACUGCACUGACCAUGUCAAAAUUAGAAUAAAGAAGAUGCGUAAUUCACAUUCCUGGAUAGGAAUCACAGCUCACCCCAGGAUCUCAUAGGUAGUCUCCUGAGUAGUUGAUGGCUAGCGGGAUCUAGCUCUGUCCCGCUGCAUAGUUGUAGUGAUGAUGUGUGAGUCCUGACCUGUCCUGUGUGCUGACGAGCAAUGCCGCGUAGCUGAGCUGCCUAGAUUACUAGAUGUGCUGUAUCAUGGGGAAUGAGGUAGGGGUGCUUAUUUUUUAAUGAACUAAUCAGAGCCUCUUGAGAAAUCAUUACUCAUUGAAUCGGAGCAUCAAGACAUCCACGGAAGUGGCUAUGGAGUGAUUCGUCGUCCAUGCUUUUCACUCUGAGGACAUAGAAUCAGAGAACCUCCUGGGGAAUUUCACGGGAAAUACUUGGGAACAAAACAGACACCCCGGGAAUGCAUUUGAAAGCACAGAUGCUGCCACCAUUGUCUCUGGCCACCAGGACGGGACCUCCCAUGCUGCAGGCCUUCAUCUAAAUGAGACAGCAAAGCACAAGCUCACUGUUUACAACCAAGACAACUGCGUGGGUCCAAACACUCCUCUUUCUCCAGCUCAUUUGUUUUGCAUUUUUAAUGUCAGUUUCUUCCUUUAUUUUUUGUAAUGAAAAAGCACACUAAGCUGCCCCUGGAAUCGGGUCCAGCUGAAUAGGCACCCAAAGGUUCGUGACUCAAUUUCGUUUAUCUUUUUGAUAGCAAAUGAUGUUAAGAGACUGAGUGAUGGUUAGGGCGCAACAGUUUUAUAUUCCCAUGUUUGUGUGAGACGGAUUUUGUUUUCCCUUGAACCUGGUUAGAAUUGUGCUACUGUGAACGCUGAUCCUGCAUAUGGAAGUCCCACUUCAGUGACACUUCCUGGCUAUUCUUGUUUCAAUUGUGUGGGUGGUGGGUCGCGUCCACUUCCUGGAGUGAGACAGCUCCUGGCAUGUGGAAUUCCCGGCACGCCCGUGGUUCAGAGUAAACUUGAAGCAGAUCUGUGCAUGUUUUUCCUCUGCAACAAUUGGCUUAUUUCUCUUUUUUGUUCUCUUUUGAUAGGAUCCUGUUUCCUAUGUGUGCAAAAUAAAAGUGAAUUUGGGCA